GAAAUUUGAAUGCACUAGUCAUUUGCACAAUUUUCGAAGUACUACGAGAUUUUUUUUUGGGACUCAAGUUAAGCCCAAAGUGAACCCAUGCCGCCCAACAAAACCCAGAUGAAAACACGUUCAAACACACAGCAGGCCCAAGACCCAACCAUAAAAUAGGAAAACGAAGAGGGAAAAGAAAUUGAAAUAAAUUGUGCAAAAGAUCUUCACGACUUCAGAGUCCCCUCUUCACAUGUCAACAUUCUUUUUCUCCAUUGAUUCUUCAAACUUUCAUUCAUUCAAAUUCAUUACUAUUGUUAUUGUUAUUUGAUUAUACACAUAUAUAUGUAUAUAUUUGUUAAUUCAAUUCCAUUAUUAUGGGAUUAAUAUGAACAAUUCAGAUUCUAUUUGCAAUAACAAGCGACAUCGAUUCAAUCAUUUACCCAAUUCUUCUGUAUUGCCUCGCAAGAAACGCAGAGCCGCGAUCGUCAAUACAGGUUUUAUACAUAUAAAACCUCUUCAGGUCCCUCUGAUUUCAACAACCACAAGUUCUCGCUGCGAAUCGAUACGUCUUGAGCCUUACAGACCCUCCACAAUCGGCCGUAAUCGCCGGCGUUGUGAAUUGGUUUUUGAGGACCGUCGAGUCAGUAAUCGGCAUUGCCAGAUUUUGUUUGAUGCACAGCAUCGCAGGUUUUGUAUAGCGGACGGAGUGUUUUUCUCUGGUUCUAGUGAGUGUUCUAGGGUUAGGGUUUCGUUGAACGGAGUGUUUGUCAAUGGGGUCAAGGUUGGAAGAGACGAAGUCAAAGAGUUGUGUGCUGGUGAUGAGGUUUCGCUUGUUUGUGGAAAUGAAGGCGCUUGUUGUAUGGGGAUUCAAAUUGGGUUUGUCAUUGAAAGAAUUGUUCUCAUGGAGGAGGUUGUUGGUAGAAGUGUAUCCACAUUUAGAGCUAAUUAUUUGUCUCCAAAUUACGCAAUGCAUAUAUCAGAGCAUAGUGGACUUGUUGCCAGAGCAAACUUGCUUUUAAGUCGGUGUAGAGGGAUUCUGCGUACUGAUGACCCCAUUUCGUACAUUCGUAGAUUUAUUAAUUCAUAUCACAGAAUGGGAAAUGCAGAUUCUUGCAAGAACAAGAACAAAUUUUUGGGCAUCAUGAUGGAUAAGGUUAGAUUUCCUGUGGGUGGUGUGCUGGAGCUAAAUUAUGGUGGAUCAGCUUUAAGAAAAGAACUGCUUCCCAGUGAGGACUGGGUCAAUGAGCAGAUUUUGAUAAGUAAAAGGGCUGCUGUUGGACAAUUGAGCUCAGUUAUUUGUCAUAGAGAGACUGUUGCGGUUGCAUUAGGAAAUUCUGCCCCAGUGUAUGAUGGUGUUUGUGGUGACCAGUUGGGACUAGAAAAUGACAUCGGAAGUCCUUUUGAGAAUGGCGUAGAUAAUGAUAAAACAAAGACUUUGUCUUCGGAUUCUAUAGAUAAGGAGAAUGCUCCUAAUUCUGAUGGGGUUAUGCAGGACAAAAGAAGGUGUGGUUUUAUUCUGCCACCUGGGAAUAAGUUCUAUCUGAAUCGCCUUAUGGGUCAUGCUUGGUCGGACAAUCAUACUGAUAUUACCUUGCCAGAGCUUCUUUAUCCUGUUGAAAGCCUUACUAGAAUAUUUAUUGCAACAUUUACCAGUGAUAUUUUAUGGUUUUUGUCAUACUGUGAGGUGCCCCAUCAUCUGCCAGUUACAAUUGCGUGCCAUAACACUGAGAGGUGUUGGAGUUCAAGCCCUGAUAAAAGAAUGUCGGUGCCUUACUCAGAUUUUCCAAACUUAGUUGUAGUGUAUCCCCCAUUUCCUGAGAUUAUAGCUUUUGGUAAAGACCGCAAGAAACUGGGCAUUGCUUGCCAUCAUCCGAAAUUGCUUGUUUUGCAAAGAGAAGAUACUAUUCGUGUUGUUCUUACUUCUGCAAAUUUGGUGGCUAAACAGUGGAAUAAUGUGACUAAUACUGUUUGGUGGCAAGACUUUCCUCGCACAACUGCACCUGAUUAUUUCUCUCUUUUUACGCAAACAUCUGCUGGAGAAGUAAAUCAAGAUUCGAAAUCUGAUUUUGCUGCUCAGCUGGCUGGAUUUAUGGCAUCUCUUGUGAUUGAUGUACCUAGUCAGGCCCAUUGGAUCGUAGAGUUAACUAAUUAUGAUUUUAAAGGGGCUACUGGACACUUGGUUGCUUCAAUACCUGGAAUUUAUUCUCAUAGAGCUCCCUUUGUAUUGGAAACCAUGCACUUCUUAUAUGGUAAUCAGUCUGAAUCACGGUCAUUUGGUGUGAAGUUCCUUGGUUCUGUUGAAGCAUCUGUAGUUGGUUUAAGCCACCUUUUUCGCACUUCAGUGGAUUCAAAUGGUGCACAGGUAAAGAAGCUGGCUGCCCUCCUUGGAAAGUGUCGUGAGAAUGUGUAUGGGAUGACACAAAUUAUUUUAAGAAGAAACACAACCAUACCAGCUGAUGUGAACGCUGUGAGCGUUCUUGGUUUUGAUGCGGAUGAGUUUUCUGAGGGAGAUUGCAUUCAAAUUGGGUUUCUGCCAAAAAAUGUUGCGAAAUGGGUUGCUCCAUUGUGGGAUGUUGGCUUGUUCAGAUUCUUUGGAUAUAUAUAUCCAAAAGAAGUCCUUGCAGCUGCUAUAGAAGGAAGUAACAACAAAGUACAACUGAUACUAUAUUUAUCACAGGGGCCUAGUUUUUCAGAUAUAUCAAAAGUAAUGCAACCUGAACAUGUUCCAGCAAUAUGCUCACUUGUUGCAUCAAUUCAGAGGUGCACAGGCCUCUGGCGACUUCAAGAGGUUUUGGCUCAACACAAAUGGCCUGAACAUUUGGAAACUGAUUUUAUUUAUGGUUCAUCCUCAAUUGGGUCAGUCAAUGCACAAUUCUUAGCUGCUUUCUCAGCAGCUGCUGGUAAAAAAUCAUUGCGAUUCUCUGAGUCUGAGGAAUCUGAUCCAGAUUGGGGCUGCUGGAGUGCAAGUCAAGAAUCAAGACAUCCGUCAAUUAGAAUCAUUUUCCCUACUAUUGACAGAGUGAAAAAUGGAAGUUGUGGAAUAUUGGCUUCUAAAUACAUUCUCUGCUUCUCACAGAAAACAUGGCAAAGGUUGAGAAACAUAGACAUACUUCAUGAUUCAAUUCCCUACCCCAAUGAGAGAGUUGGGCAUCCAAUGCAUAGUAAGGUGGCGCGAAGACGAUUUCAGUCCAAGACAGAUGGAUCUUCAUUUGGAUGGGUCUAUUGUGGGUCACAUAAUUUUAGUGCAGCUGCUUGGGGACGUUCACUUUCCAAUUCGCCUGUGAUGAAAGCCAAUGGAGCUAUGAAAACAAAUUCUGUUUUGGGACCAAGGCUUCACAUCUGCAACUAUGAACUUGGUAUCGUGUUUGUAGUUCCCCCAUCAGAUAUGAAGAAUGACGCCAACCAAAGGAGUAGAAGCUUGGAUGAAAUUAUUUUGCCAUUUGUUGUACCUGCCCCAAAAUAUAGGAGCACAGACAGGCCAGCAACAGCACAGGCCAUGAGGGAGGCACUGGCCGAACUUACCGAGCGAGAAAGAGAAAAAUUUGUGGAAGCAUCAAUUCCAGGAGAAUUGAUGGAAGAGGAGAUUCCUGACGAAGAAGAUGAAGUAUUAGAGGCAGCUGAUUACAUCACGGAGGAGAAGGAAGAUGAAAAGGCUUAUGCUGAGACAUUAUGGAGCCAAGUUGAUUCUUAUGAGAGCUGUUAAACUCCAUGUCUGGCGCUUUUACAGCCUUGAUUUGUGAGAGCAGAAAUAAACGGCUUAUUAAAUGGUGAUGUCAGUCAGCUUUAAA